AUGGCGGCCGACGAUAGAGCGUUUGCUUCUGGCACCUCGCCGAACACAGAAGUUCGGAGGAGAAACGUGCCUGGUGCGGAGAAGAGCAGCGCCAAUGUCCCAAUUCCCAGCAUUGAAGUCGACGGGAAGAAACUGAAGGAGAAGUCCCCCUCCUUCUGUGAGAUUCUCGAUGACCUAGAAGUGUUCAUUGCCCCAUUGAUCUUCACUGCUCUGGCUUGCUUCACUCGUUUGUGGCGCAUUGGUCUCUCAGAUAUCGUUACGUGGGAUGAAGCUCAUUUCGGGAAAUUUGGCUCAUACUACAUCAAACGAGAAUUCUACUUCGAUGUCCACCCUCCGCUGGGUAAAAUGCUUAUUGGAUUGUCGGGUUUCCUGGCUGGUUAUAACGGAUCUUUCGAAUUUAAGUCUGGCGAGAAAUACCCUCCGGAAGUCAACUACACCUUCAUGCGUAUCUUCAAUGCUUUCUUCGGUAUCGUAUGCAUUCCACUUGCAUACUAUACUGCGCGAGAGCUGAAUUUCCGCCGUCCAGCUGUCUGGCUUAUCACCCUGAUGGUGCUUUGCGAGAAUUCCUACGCCACGAUUUCCAGAUUUAUUCUUUUGGAUUCUAUGCUUCUCUGCUUCACCUUCACCACUACCCUUUGCUGGGCAAGAUUCCACCGACUUCGACAUGAAAGCUUCUCCCCCGAGUGGUAUCUCUGGCUCAUCCUCACUGGCCUGAGCAUUGGGUGUGUCUGCAGUGUAAAAUGGGUCGGACUCUUCUGCACUGCACUAGUUGGUCUUUACACUGCUGAGGAUCUCUGGAACAAGUUUGGAGAUCUAAAGAUGCCAAAGACGGUUCUUGCUCAUCACUUGGGAGCCCGUGUUUUCGGUCUGAUCAUCGUACCAUUCUUGGUCUAUAUGUUCUCCUUCUACAUUCAUUUCCUUGUGCUUGAGAACUCCGGUACUGGUGACGCUCAGAUGAGCUCUUUGUUCCAAGCUAACUUGAGAGGUACCAACGUUGGCAAGGACAGCCCUCUUGAGGUCGCCAUUGGAUCCAAAAUCACACUGAAGAAUAUGGGAUACGGAGGUGGUCUACUACACUCUCACGUUCAGACUUAUCCCGAAGGAUCGGGCCAGCAACAGAUCACUUGCUACCACCAUAAGGACUCUAACAACGACUGGUUCAUCUAUCCAAACCGUACUCAGCCGGAUUAUAACCCAGAAGGUCCAAUUAGCUUUAUUGGUGAUGGUGACGUGAUCCGCCUUAUCCACGCUCAGACCGGCCGCAACCUGCACUCUCACACCGUGGCAGCUCCAGUCACCAAGGCUCAAUAUGAAGUGUCUGCCUAUGGAAACACCACCGUUGGUGAUGCCAAGGACCACUGGACCAUCGAGGUCGUCAAAGACGUUGCGUCAAGAGACAGAUCGAAAAUCAGAACUCUUACCACUGCCCUCCGCCUACGCCAUACUGUCUUGGGCUGUUAUCUUAGAGCUGGCGGUGUCAGCUUGCCUCAGUGGGGAUUCAAGCAGAUUGAGACUACCUGCACCAAGGAGAACCGACCAUGGGACGUGUAUACUCACUGGAACAUCGAGUCACACGUGAAUGAGAGGCUUCCUCCAAGUCAACCAGGCACUUACAAGUCGCCCUUCCUCAAGGAUUUUAUCCAUCUGAACGUUGCCAUGAUGACUUCCAAUAACGCUCUUGUCCCAGAUCCCGAUAAGCAAGAUGACCUAGCAUCGAAGUUCUGGCAAUGGCCAAUCCUUAAUGUUGGACUCCGAAUGUGCUCCUGGGACGACAAUAUCGUCAAGUACUUCCUCCUUGGAAACCCAUUCGUCUACUGGGGCAGUACCCUUAGUUUGGGUGUUUUCAGUCUGCUCGUCCUCUGGUAUCUGCUUCGCUGGCAACGCGGCUAUGACGAACUCAGCAUGGCCGACAUCGACCACAUCCACUAUUCCGGCAUUUACCCCAUUGUGGGCUGGUUCCUCCACUAUCUCCCCUUCAUGAUCAUGGCCCGUGUCACCUACGUCCAUCACUACUACCCGGCCUUGUACUUUGCUAUCUUGACCAUGGCUUUCUGUAUUGACUGGUUCACUCAGAAGCUUAACCGGAAGGUCGAGUGGGCCAUUUAUUCAGUCCUCUAUGUCGUUAUUAUCGGCCUAUUUGUCAUCUUCAAGGACAUCGUUUUCGGUAUGGAAGGCUCAAACCAGCAGUGGAAGAGUCUCAAUUGGUUGAGCAGUUGGAAGAUUGCCAACCGAUAG